AUGCGCAUAAAAAGCGCGCGCGGCAGAACGCGGACUCCAACUCCCGUGAACCCCCGCGCGGCGGGCCGGGGGCCGGGCCCCGCGCUGAUUGGACGCCGCGGGGCGCCCCUCCUCACAUCACAGCCCCUCAGGAGAAGCCCCGGGAUGGACGGGAAGGACGGGAAAGAUGGGAAUGACGGAACCACGGACGGCUGGGCCGGCAUCGAGGAGCGCCUGGAGAAGAUCCAGGAAAGCCUCGGCAGCCGCUCGGCCCCGCGCUCCCGCCGCGUCCAGCUGUGCGACCGCGCCCUUCGCUCCUGCGUGGCCGAGCUGGCCCGGCCCGGGGGGCUGCCAGCCCACGGCUCCCAGCUGCUGACCCUGGCCCAGGAGGCCACCAACACCUACCUGAGCCUGGUCCCCGACCCCCCUCACCUGUACCUGGAGAGAAUCCUGUUCCACGUGCUGCGCAACGCCGCGGGCUGGGCCGGGAUCCACACCUGGAGCGCGGCCGAGCUGCUGCGGGAGCGGCUGCGGCGCUGCCGCCGCCGCGACGCCGACUGGGCCGGGGUGACCCGCGGCGCUUUCGGGCUGCUGUGGCGAGCGGCGGCCGAGCUGGCCGGGCCAGAGAGGCCUCGAGAGGAGGGCAGGGCGGUGCUGAGCGCCCGGCUGCGCUCCCUGCGCUUCCUGCUGCUCUUGGAAUCGGAGGAGCCGCCGCCGCAACGCUCGCCUCGGGAAUCUUUCCGCCCGCCGUUCUUCGCCUCGUGCACCGCCCAGCACACCGCCAGCGCCGCCGCGCUCUACGAGGCACAGAGAGCUCCCUGCCCGCUGUUCCUGGCCAGGCAGCUGCGGGAGCGGCUGCUGGAAGCGCUGUGGGACGAGGCUCGGCGGCCUCCGGAUCUCGGCAGUUCCCUGUGCUGCCUGGAGCUCACCCUGGAGUGCUGCCGCCGCCUCUGCAAAGCCCGGCGGCACCGCGAGGCUCUGGACCUGCUGGGGGAUUCCAGGGGGUUUUUGGGAGCUGGGAAUUCUCUGGGAGCCCCCCUGGAGCUGCUGGAGGCCGGGAUCCAGCUCAGCUGGGCGCUGCUCAAAGGCGGGGCCGGGCUCCGAGCCGUGGGAUCGGCGUUGUGCCGGGCGGGAGCGGCGCUGGCGGCGGAACCUUCCGGAAGGAUUCUGCGGGUGCUGCUGGAGUGCUCCCAGUUUGUGCUGGCGCAGCUCGGGGAGGCGCUGAGGAAGAGCCAGGAGCUGCCCCUCGGCCUCCAGGAGCUUCCUGGGAUUUGUGCCUUCUCCCAGGGCCACGGGCGGGCGCUGCGGCAGCUGCUGGCCCAGGUCCCUCCUGACUCCAUCCAGGAGCAGGUGAUGGUGAAGCAGCUGCUGUUCCACAGCCUCCAGCUCUUCUCCAACGCCAUCCACGAGAUAUUCCAGCGCUCCCAGCCCUCGGGGUGGCCGGAGCUGCCGCAGGUGACCGGGAGCUGUGUCCGGAGCGUCACCUGGAUGCUGGAGGGGCUGGAGGGGCUGCCCGAGGCCGAGAGCGGCAAAUUCCUCGAUGUCACCGCUGUGGCCACCUUCCGCCUGGGCCAGGCCUUCCUGAGCCGGAACGUUCCGGAAGCGGCCGGAGCCGUGUGCGAGCCCUUCUGCCGGGCAGUGCUGACCAGCCACGGCUACGGCCGGCCCGGAGUCACCCCUGAGCGGCUCCACCGGUGUUUCCGGCUGUGGGUGGAGAGCUGGCGCUGCCGGCAGCGGGAGCGGCGGGCGCUGGACGCUGUGGCCCAGUGGCUGCUGGCCCUGGGGACACAUUCCCAGCAUGGACAGGGAUUGGUGACCCAUUCCCGGCAUUCCCAGCCCUUCCCAGCCCCGCUGGCCGAGCCGGUGGCGCUCUGGGCCAGGAUCAAAACGGAGGCGGCCAAACGGGGAGCGGAGGAGCUGCGGCUGUGGACCCUGCGGGAUGCCCUGGAUUCCCAUUCCCAUUCCCGGCUCCUGCCCGGGGCCGCCGUGCCGGGGCUGCUCCUGGCCGAGCUCCGCGCCUACAAAUCCCUGCGGAGCCCCACGGCAGCCGAGCGCUACGGGGUGAUCUGUGACCUGCUGGGAACGGGGGAUCCCGAGGGAACGGGGGAUCCCGAGGGAACGGUGGAUCCCGAGGGAAUGGUGGAUCCCGAGGGAAUGGCGGAUCCCGGCCGGAGCCUGCCCAGGGCGGUGGCGCUGCUGGAGCUGGCGCAGCUGCUCUGCAGCCACAGCUUCGCCCCCCACACUGACUGCUCCGCCCUGGACGCCAUCCAGGAGUCCCUGAGGCUGCUGGAGGCGCUGGCCCAGAAUUCCCAAGCCCAGAAUUCCCAAAUCCGGGAUCAGCUCCUGGACGAGCGCGCCCAGGCCCUGCUCUGGCUCCACAUCUGCACCCUGGAGGCCCUCAUGGAAAAGAGCGUGGCUCGGGAGCGGCGCGGGCGGCGCCGGAACGCGGAGCUGCCGGAUGGAUCCGAGGGGAGCGCGGGAGAGCGGCCGGAGCCGCGGGAUGGGAUCCGCUGCAGCCUCAGCUCCGACAGCGCUCUCUCCAAACCCUUGGACGGAGCCGUUUCCCUGUGGGAGCAGCUGCUGCAGAAUCCCGGGAUUCCGGCGCUGCGCAGCCCGGAGCAGAGCGUGGGCUCCCUGCAGCUGCUGGCCGCGCUCUUCCUCAUCCAGGGAAAGCCCCUGCAGGCCCUGCGGGCCCUGCGCCUGCUCCGAUCCCUGUGCCGGAGGCUCGGGGAUGGACCCGGAGCUGCCGAGGCCCUGAGCCAGAUGUGCCGGAUCCUGCUGCAGCUGGAAUGUCCUGGCCACGCCCAGGUUUUCCUGGAAGAGUUGGAAUCGUGCCUGGAGGAGGAGGAGGAAGGCAGCGACGAUUCCCGGCUGCUCCUGCGCCAUUCCCGGCUCCUGCUGCGCAGCCACCUCUGCUGCCUCCAGAACCAGGUUCCCGAGGCCGUCUCCCUGCUGCUCCAGGCGCUGCAGGAUCGCGGCUCCGGCCGCUCCACGCGGGGCUGGUUCCUGGCCCGGGCCCGGGCCCUGCAGCUCACGGCACAAAUCCUGGAGCUGCCCCCGGCGCGGCUCCCGGCACCGCUCCGGCAACGCAUCCGACAGCACGGCUGGAGCAGCCCCAAGGUGGCUCUGCUGGAGGCGCAGAGGCUGCUCCGGAGCGUCCUCGUCUUCCUCAUGGGCAGCGACGUCCUGGGGAGCGCCCGGAGCCUCCCGCCCGAGGAGCCCGGCCCCGACUCCGGUUCUGCGCUGCUGCACAAGUGGCAGGCGCUGGGGGAGGCCCUGAGCUGCUGCCAGCGCCUGGUGACGCUGCUGGGCCACGGCGAGCUGGGCUGCAGGGCCAGAGCCUUCUGUGCGGAGGGACUGGGGCUGGCUGGACACCUGCAGGCCUCCAGAUGGUGUGUGUCGUUCCUGGUGCUGCAGUCCCAGCUGGAGCUGCAGCAGGGGGAGCUGGAGCUGAGCCAGUCCCACCUCCAGCACGCCCAGUUCCUGCUCCAGCCCCAAACUGAAGCCAAACCCCUGUGGGAUCCUCAGCACCGAGCCAAGAUCCAGCUCCGGAAGGGUCUCCCGGAGAGGAGAAAACCCCGGGAUCCACUGGAUCCACUGGAUCCCGAUCCCAAUCCCGCCAAAGAAGAGGAUGAGGAAUUCCUCAAGGGUCCAUCCUUGGAUCUGCUGGCUCCGGCCGCUCUCCCGGAGCAGCCGGACGCUCUCACGGCCUCCCCGGAGCUGAGAAAGAAAGGGAAGAGCCCGGAAUUCCUGGAAUUCCUGGAAUUCCUGUCCCAUCCCUGGGGAUGCGGCUGCUCCUUCUGCUCCGACCCCGCGCUGCUGGAGCUGGGGCUGCGCUGGCUCCUGGCGCGGGCUCGGCACCGGAUCCUGGCCGGGAACGGCGCCCCCGGAGCCGCCCUGGCGCGGAAAGUGCUGGAACGUGGGAAUAAUGGGGGGAAAAAUGGGAAUGAGAGCCAUGGGAAUGAGGAAAACAGUGGGAAUGAGAGCUGUGGGAUUGGGGUGAACAAUGGGAAUAAGAGCCAUGGGAAUGGGGGGAACAAUGGGAAUGAGGGGAACAAUGGGAUUGGGGGGAACAAUGGGAAUGAGAGCUGUGGGAAUGAGGGGAACAGUGGGAUUGGAGACAUCAUCAAGGAUAAGGGAAUUCCUGGGAAUAACGGGGACGCCAUCAGGGAUGGGGACAGGAACCUGCAGGAUCCUUCUGACAAUGGGAACAGUUUUGGGAUCAGGGAACCCUCUGGGGAUGGGAACAGUUUUGGGAUCAGGAACACCUUUGGGAUCAGGGACCUGCAGGAUCCCUCUGGGAAUGGGAACACCUUUGGGAUCAGGGAUCCCCCUGGGGAUGGGAACAGUUUUGGGAUCAGGGAUCCCCCUGGGGAUGGGAACACCUUUGGGAUCAGGGAUCCCCCUGGGGAUGGGAACACCUUUGGGAUCAGGAACACCUUUGGGAUCAGGGAUCCCCCUGGGAAUGGGAACAGUUUUGGGAUCAGGGAUCCCUCUGGGGAUGGGAACACCUUUGGGCUCAGGGAUCCCCCUGGGGAUGGGAACACCUUUGGGCUCAGGGAUCCCUCUGGGAAUGGGAACAGUUUUGGGAUCAAGGACCUGCAGGAUCCCCCUGGGAAUGGGAACAUCUUUGGGAUCAGGGAUCCCUCUGGGGAUGGGAACACCUUUGGGAUCAGGGACCCCUCUGUGCUCAGGCCCCCCCUGGGCCCUCUGGCCGAGCUGGUGGCCGCCAGCUACUCCACGCUGGCCCUGCGGGUCCUGCCGGGCUCAUCCCAGCCGGAUCCCGUUUGGGAUGAGGAGCUGGAGCGGGGUCUGACCCUCCUGGCGUCCCAAAGCGCCCCCGUGGCCGGGCUGGCCGUGGCCGUGGCCACUCUGCUGCUGGCCAAAGCCUUGGCCACCCUCAGCCGCGUGGCCACCGCCCUCGGCCGCCCCGUCAGCGACGUCCUGGCCCAAACCUGGACCCCCCGACCCCCAGCCAGCCCCAAACAAGCCCAAAAAAGCCCCAAAGCUCCCCCCAGAAAAACCAAAGCCCCCAAAGGCAAGGUGGGGAAGAGCCCGAGAGCGAAGCCCCCCAGGUUUGGGGAGGUUUUCUCGCUGGGGGAUUCGGACAGCGAGGUUCCCCCCAUUGUCCUGCGGCCGGGGGGACCCUGCACCCCCCACCCCAAAUCGGGGGGACCCCCAAAAACGCUGCUGGGGGGGCCCAGGACCCCCUUCAGCAUCUUCAGCGAGGAGCCCUCCCCCAGCAGGGGCCACUCCCGGCUCCGCAGGGCCCCCAAAAUCCCGGGAAGGGUCAAGUCCCGGAUCAGGGUGACUUUCAGUGACAGCGACCCCGAGGAGCCCCAAAUCCCCCCGGAUCCCCCCAAAACCAGCCAGAAAAAUUCCUGUGCCCGGAAGCUCCGGCCCCAAAAAUCCCCCGGGAAUUCCCCGGGAAUUGAGGCUCGGCCCCGGCGGGGGCGGCCCCGGAAGGAGCCGGGGAGCCCCAAAAAGAGGGAAAAAAGGGGAAUUGAGCAGGUGGAAAAUGUGGAAAAGAAGGAAAAAAGGAGAAACCCCAAAAUGGAAAAUGUGGGGAAAAGAGGGAUCCCAAAAACGGAAAAUGUGGAAAAAAAUGGAAACCCCAAAAUGGAAAAAGAGGAAAAAAUGGGAAACCCCAAAAUGGAAAAAGAGGAAAAAACUGGAAACCCCAAAAUGGAAAAUGUGGGGAAAAGAGGGAUCCCAAAAAUGGAAAAUGUGGAAAAAAAUGGAAACCCCAAAAUGGAAAAAGAGGAAAAAAGUGGAAACCCCAAACUGGAAAAAGAGGAAAAAACGGGAAACCCCAAAAUGGAAAAUGUGGGGAAAAGAGGGAUCCCAAAAACGGAAAACGUGGAAAAAAAUGGAAACCCCAAACUGGAAAAAGAGGAAAAAACGGGAAACCCCAAAAUGGAAAAUAUGGGGAAAAGAGGGAUCCCAAAAACGGAAAACGUGGAAAAAAAUGGAAACCCCAAAAUGGAAAAAGAGGAAAAAAUGGGAAACCCCAAAAUGGAAAAAGAGGAAAAAACAGGAAACCCCAAAAUGGAAAAAGAGGAAAAAACGGGAAACCCCAAAAUGGAAAAAGAGGAAAAAACUGGAAACCCCAAAAUGGAAAAAGAGGAAAAAAUGGGAAACCCCAAAAGGGAAAAAGAGGAAAAGAAGGAAAAGGGAAACUCCAAGAAAAUUCUGGAAAAGAAGGAGAACAGGGCCCCGUGCCGGGAAAAGAGGGUGAGGGGGACGCCCCGAGUGGGAAUUUUGGAGGAAAAGAAAAGCUGGGAAUUUUCUGGGAUUGAGGAACGGGAUCCCCUGAGGGCCCUGGAGGAGGAGGAGGAAGAGGAGGAGGAGGAGGAAGAGCUGAGCUUCGAGCUCCCCCCGCUGCCCCCAGGGGGGGCCGGCAAGGAAAUUCCAGGGAUUGGGGAUCAGGGGGAUCCCCCAAAUCCAGAGGGGUCCAACUCCUCUGCCCCGCCCGGUGUCCCCUCUGUGGCCGCUGUCCCCUCUCUGGCCGCUGUCCGCUCUCUGCUGGCCGAGGCCCUGGCGUGGGUCGGUCACUUCCCUCCGGGCUCUCUCUAUGCCCAGCUGUGCCAGCUGCUGGCGCUGGCCCUUGGGGACAGUGACCCUGUGGCCACCGCGGGGCUGCUGGCCGAGUCCCUGGCGGUCACCGCCCGCCACCAGCUGCUGGCCACCGUCCACUCCAGGGCUCGGAAGCAGCGGAAAGCAGCGGCCGCCGGAGGCGACGUCUCGGAUCAGCUCCGGGGCCUCUCCCUGCGGGAAGAGGAGGAUUCCCGGGAUUCCCAGGAUUCCCAGGAUUCCCAGGAUUCCCAGGAUUCCCAAUCCCACCUGGCCCAGCUGGAGGAGCUUUUCCAGUUCAGCUCCACGGGGUUGGGGCCGGCGGAGCGGGAGCGGUUCCGGGAGCAGCUCCAGAAGAUUCCCAGCGGUGUCACCGUGUGCCAGCUGUCCCUGGCCGGUGCCGGCCCCGCGGCCGCGCUGGUGCUGACGCGGUUGGAGCGCGGCGCCGAACCCCUGAGCGUCCGGAUCCCCACCCAGCCCGGACAGGCGCCCCUGGCCGAUCUUUUCCGGGAGCUGGACGGGAUCCAGCGGGAGCAGCGCGAGGCCAACGGCUGCAGCGAGCGCCGGGAAUGGUGGGAGCGGCGAUCCCGGCUGGAUCUGCGCAUGCAGAGCCUGAUCCAGAGCCUGGAUUCGGAGGUUUUGGGAUGCUGGCGGGGGCUGCUGCUGCCCCGGGAUCCCGGGAAUUCCCCCCUGGAUCAGCAGGAAUUGUCCCGGCUGCUCCAGGAACUCCGGGAAUGCGGCUGGAGCAACCCCGACCCCGCCCUGCUGCAGGUGUUGCUGGCAGUGCUGUGUCCGGCCGAUGUCCGGGCUGUGGCUCGGGCGCUGUGUCCGGCGCGGCCGCUCCGGGCGCGGCUGUUGCUGGACGAGGCCCUGGAGCGGCGCCGGGAGGGGCCCGGGGGCAGCGCGGGGUCCCUGGUGCUGCUGCUGGACAGGCACCUGCAGCGCCUCCCCUGGGAGAGCUCCGGAACUCUCCGGAACGUUCCGGUGACGCGGCUGCCGGGGCUGCGCUUCCUGCUGCGCUACGGGCUGGGCCCACAGGGCCCGGUGCUGCAGCGGGGGGUGAACCCCAGGAGCGCCUUCUACGUCCUGAACCCACAGCGAGACCUGGGCGGCACCGAGGAGCGAUUCCGGGCCUGGUUUGAGAGCGAGCCGGGCUGGCGCGGGGUGUCGGGGGCGGCUCCAACCCCACAGCAGCUCCAGGAGGCGCUGGGGGAGCGCGACCUCUACAUUUACGCCGGUCACGGUGCGGGUGCUCGGCUCCUGGACGGGCAGAGCCUGGCGCGGCUGCGCUGCCGGGCCGUGGUGCUGCUCUUCGGCUGCUCCAGCGCCGCUCUGACCCCGCGGGGGCAGCUGGAGCCCAGCGGGACCGUCCUCAAAUACGUCCUGGCCGGAUGCCCCCUGGUGCUGGGGAACCUGUGGGAUGUCACGGAUCGGGAUCUGGACCGUUUGGCUCAGGCUCUGCUGCGGGGUUGGCUGGGGGGGGGUCCCGGGACCCCCCUGCUGGCCCAGCUGGCCCAGGCCCGCCAAGCCCCCAGACUCAAAUCCCUCAUUGGGGCCGCCCCCGUGGCCUACGGGCUCCCAGUCAGCCUCUGCUGAGGGGGGGCUGUGCUUUGGGGGGGGCCCUGGGCAGUUUUGGGGUCCCCCCAUUGCCUGGAGUGAAGGUUUGGGGGUCCCUUUGUCAUCUUUGGGGUCCCCCCAUUACCUGGAGUGAAGUUUUGGGGUCCCUUUGUCAUUUUUGGGGUCCCCCCAUUGCCUGGAGUGAAGUUUUGGGGUCCCCUGGUUGAUUUUAGGGUCCCCCCAUUGCCUGGAGUGAAGGUUUGGGGUCCCUUUGUCAUCUUUGGGGUCCCCCCAUUGCCUGGAGUGAAGUUUUGGGGUCCCUUCAUCACCUUUGGGGUCCCCCCAUUGCCUGGAUUGAGGUUUUGGGGUCCCUUUGCCAUCUUUGGGGUCCCCCCAUUGCCUGGUGUGAGGUUUUGGGGUCCCCUGGUUGAUUUUAGGGUCCCCCCAUUGCCUGGUGUGAGGUUUUGGGGUCCCCUGGCUGAUUUUAGGGUCCCCCCAUUGCCUGGACUGAGGGUUUGGGGUCCCUUUGUCACCUUUGGGGUCCCCCCAUUGCCUGGAUUGAAGUUUUGGGGUCCCUUUGCCAUCUUUGGGGUCCCCCCAUUGCCUGGAGUGAAGGUUUGGGGUCCCUUCAUCAUCUUUGGGGUCCCCCCCAUUGCCUGGAGUGAAGUUUUGGGGUCCCCUGGUUGAUUUUAGGGUCCCCCCAUUGCCUGGAGUGAAAGUUUGGGGUCCCUUUGUCAUUUUUGGGGUCCCCCCAUUGCCUGGAGUGAAGGUUUGGGGUCCCCUGGCUGAUUUUAGGGUCCCCCCCAUUGCCUGGAUUGAGGUUUUGGGGUCCCUUUGCCAUCUUUGGGGUCCCCCCAUUACCUGGAAUGAA